AUGCCGCCGACUGCCGCCAAGCCACACUCUCGCUGGGUGCUCUCGAAGCGCGACGAGGCGCGGCUGCUGUCUCAGGAUCAGCCCUUGACAGCCGACUCACUCGUGGCCUUCUAUCAGCAGCGCGACCCGUCAAAGGCAACCCAAGCGCACGCCGAGAAGGUGCUGGCUGCACUGCCUCAGCGGGACUUGAUCAAGGCCCUCAUGAACAAGUACGGCGCCGUGCCUCGCGCUGGGUCGCAGCCCUCGCGAGCUACCUGCUGGUCGUGCCUGGCGAGGGCGAGGCAAGAGCCUAAGCCACCACCGCUGCGGAUCGGAGAGUGCAAGGGCUCGACCCCGUCCAUCGUGGCCGUCGACUGCGCCGACGAGGACGAGGCAAACUCGAGGCUGCCGGCGUCCGCGUCACCUGGGGCUUCGCCGCCGGAGCCCGCCGUCGGUGUCGCUCCCUCAAAGACGCCGACUGUGACUGCCGCCGCGGUCAACGACGGAGGCGACAUGGCGGCCGUACUGCCUCUGACGCAGACCUCCUCGCGCCGCGCGCCGUACGUGCCUCCGGCGCCGCUCAUGGAGCGGCGGCGAAAGGCGUGGGCCAAGGCGCGAGUCGACGUGGUGCUCGACGAGCGAGGGAGCGACUCGGCGUGGCAUGAGGUCCUCGUUCGGUGGGUGGGGCAGCCUGCAGGCGGGAAGCCCGUCUGGGAGCUCCUCCAGACCGUCCGCGGAGCGGCGGGCUUUGCAGAGGCUCUCGAAGAGCAUCGGGCGAGGCACGCUGACGGCACGGUGGCGCCGCCGCCGCCGACGACGACGACGACGACGACGCCGACGCCAACGCCGCCGCCGACGACGCACGUCGCGGUGGCACAAGAGGUCGUCAAAGACGAGAUCGCCCGUCCGGCAGCGGCUGGCGCCCCGACGCCGCAACGGGGCGAGGAGGCCGAGAGCGAGCCGGCCGCGCAGGGCCGCCGGCGCGCACGCACCGCGCCGUCGAGGCUGACGCUCGAGGUUGGCGCGGAGACGAACCUGGCGCAGCUCAGCCGGCGGCUGCGGCCGGUGUCGCGCGCAGCGGCGGUGAGGGCCGUGGUGUGUCAGGUGGUGGCAGAGGCGCCGUCGUCGGCGAUGCUGGCGGCGGCGGCGCCGGCGGACGAGGCGGACGAGCGGCCGCUGGCCGGCGUGGACUUGCUCAAGGCCACCCGGCUGAGGCUCAGGCGUGGCGCCGCGGCAGAGGCCGUGGAUUUGAGCGUGUAG